GUGUGAGAGCGGCUGCCUUCCUAGGACGCCGACGAAAUCACAUGCCUUUUUUAAACUUUAGUUUUCAAAUGGCAAGUAGAAGGAAAAGUAAUCCCGCAACUUUGUUGCAAUGUUAUGGCUUUCAUCUUUGCGUCUUCCUGCCCUUCCGUCUUUCUUUUUUGUUUUCUACUUUCCCCCGCCGGGGUGUUCUUCUUUGUUUUCAUGUUUCUAUUUGUUUGUAAUUCAAACGGACUUCUUGCGUGGCGUAUCAUGGGCAAAUGCUUUGAACAACUAAUUUCCCCGUGUUCGAGCGAUACCGUGAGCAGUGCCAUAGCUUCCUUGCACAGCCGUGUCUUUUCCCGCUCUGGAUCGACACGUUUGGCAGCUUGCUUUUACUACCGGCAUCUGAAGGGCAUGAGGAUAGAUUUUAGAAGACAGUUGAAAGGUUUCUGAAAAGUGCCUUUUCUGAAAACUACUGCUUGGAUUUCACUCUAGAACUGUCUCUUUACGACCCCUCCCCCCCCCCCCACCUGUCCCUCUCCCAACCUGGUGUGCUUGUAGUUCACUCUCAGUAACGUGCCCAUUCUUUUUUCCCUUUGAUUCUCCGUUUUCACGGUCAUUUUCCCUCCUCCUGAUUUUGCAGCAAUUUUUUUUUACAGUCCUGACAUCCUUACCAAUAUUAAUCAUUAAAUCAAAGAAAUAGGAAGAAAAAGUUUUCUCCCCUUGAUCUGAGACCAUUCCACAAAUUGAAGGGCAGCCAGCAGCAUAUGCUUUUUGCACGAGUAAUUGAAAACAUCAACCGGAGAGCACAGAAUUCUUUUGAAAUCCUGCCAGUUAUUUGAAGGAACUUCAGCAGAGGAACAAAUUAAACACUCAAUAUCUUAACCUUUCUGGUUGCCUUCUUAGGAGUUGGUCUCUAAUUUGAUUUUUAGUUACUCCGGUACAAGUUUUGUUUUGUGAUUGGCUCUUUGUUUGACUUAAAUGAAAACCUAAGUGCUAACAAAGAAGCAUUUCACCAAAGCAACCUGUUGUCUCUUCACAUUUAGCUUGAAUUCAUUUUUGACCUUUUAACAGCAGUAAAGCUGUCCUAGAGAGGGUGCCCUUGAUUUUUAACUUUGCUUUCAAUAUGACGGCUGUCAAUGUCACCCUGGUUCGUGACACCAAGUGGCUGACUUUAGAAGUCUGCAGAGAAUUUCAGAGAGGAACCUGCUCGCGAGCUGAUGCGGACUGCAAGUUUGCCCAUCCGCCGAGGGUUUGCCACGUGGAAAAUGGUCGUGUGGUGGCAUGCUUUGAUUCUUUAAAGGGUCGGUGUGCUAGAGAGAACUGCAAGUAUCUCCACCCUCCUCCACACCUAAAAACGCAGCUGGAAAUUAAUGGACGGAACAAUCUGAUUCAACAGAAGACUGCCGCAGCCAUGUUCGCCCAGCAAAUGCAGUUUAUGCUCCAGAAUGCUCAGAUGGCAUCACUUACUUCUUUUCCUGUGAAUCCACCCCUUGCAGCUAAUCCUGCCAUGGCUUUCAAUCCUUACUUACCUCAUCCUGGGAUGGGCCUGCUUCCUGCUGAACUUGUACCGAAUGCACCUGUUCUGAUUUCUGGAAACGCGCCUCUCGCAUUGCCAGGAGCUGCCGGUCCCAAACCGAUGCGUUCAGAUAAACUGGAGGUUUGCCGAGAAUUCCAGCGCGGAAACUGUACCCGUGGUGAGAACGAUUGCCGCUACGCUCACCCUACAGAUGUUUCCAUGAUCGAGGCAAGCGAUAAUACUGUGACCAUCUGCAUGGAUUACAUCAAAGGCCGAUGCUCCCGGGAGAAAUGCAAGUACUUUCAUCCUCCUGCUCACUUGCAAGCCAAACUCAGGGCAGCUCAUCACCAGAUGAACCACUCAGCUGCCGCCGCGAUGGCCCUUCAGCCUGGUGCACUUCAACUGAUACCAAAGAGAUCGGCGCUUGAAAAGACCAAUGGUGCCGCUCCGGUCUUCAACCCCAGUGUUUUCCACUGCCAGCAGGCUCUGGCUGGCCUGCAGCUCCAGCCACCAGCAUAUAUCCCUGCAGGGCCCAUACUGUGCAUGGCACCCGCUUCAAGUGUUGUGCCCAUGAUGCACGGUGCGACACCUACCACUGUGUCUGCAGCAACACCACCUGCCGCCAGCGUUCCGUUCGCUGCAACAGCCGCAGGCAAUCAGAUACCCCCAUUAUCAAUAGAUGAACUGAAUAGCAGCAUGUUUGUUUCACAGAUGUAGAAGUUACCAGUAGAACAUCGAAAUUCUGAACAACAGAGCUAUGGAGUAUCAGGAUCUCUCCGUGAGAACCUCCAUAUGGCCUUUCUAUAUAUAUUCUCAUAGGUCUUCUACCAACACAAGAAUAAGUGUGGUACAGUCAAUAUAUUAAACAAAACCCACUUACCAACCAACAAAUUCAAACAAAAAUAAAACAUUAACCAAUCAGUGCAGAUGUUAAAACAUGAAUAGAAAACUACCAUUUAUCUUAUCUGAAUUAUUAGGUAGAACAUGACCGUAACAUUUUGUCAUCUGUUGCAUUAUUCUUUGUGAUUUUCCAAUAACAAAUAUGCUGAGUGAAUCUCUACAGUGGACUGUUGGCUUACUGUGCAUUCUUGGUGGAUAAAUGUUCAUCUGUUUUGAAGUGUUACCUUACUGUUUUGUUUACACAAUAGUCUAUUGGGUUGAUUUAGAAUGUAGCAAAUGUAUCCAAUACCGUUUUUCCCACUAUUGUAUUGUAUUCUAUUGUAUUGUAUUGUAUUGUAUUGUAUUGUAUUGUGGUGUGAUGUGUUGUGUUAGGUUUUUUACAUACUAUAGUGUUUUCCUCUAGAUGUGUGGUGUUUGAUUUCAACUAAAAUAUUACUAAUGGGAAGCAGAAAUGUCUGUGUUUAAAACCAUUACAGAUUAAUAUUAAUAUGCUUUCUCUCUCUUUAGAACAUGUCUGUAGGUUUCUUGGGGCAGACUUUUAAAAGGCCUCACUUUUGAGUGUGCGCAAAGCCUGUUCAUAAGCAUGCAUGUGUAUAAUUUGUACCUGCAGAUCUGACCUUGCAUAAUACAAUCACGUGAGUAGGUAUUUUUUGUGAGAGAGAAAUAAUUACCUGCAAAAAAAAAAAAACCAGGAAACUUCUUGAAAUAUGAACCUCUAAUCUCACUCCUUAAGAAGCUUGCAAAAUUACAAUUUACCUGUAAGUGAAUUUGUCUGCAUUUAUCCUAAAAGAAUUAUGUAAGGUGCCCGUUACAUUUUUUGUGGUUCAAGGAUCCUAUCUCCUAGGUUGAGCAUCUAAAGCUCAGCCAUUUGUCAAAUUCAGCUGAAAAUUGUUACUUGGAGGCUUAAAGGUAUGCUAAUUGUAGGUUAUAAAUUAAACAGAGAGACGGAGGGGUAGAGAUAGUUUUUACAUUUUGGAGGAAAGUGUGUAAAAAACCAUUGCAACGUAACCUUUUACACAAGUGCCAUUCUCUGAAUACAAAUGGCUCGUGCUCUUUAGACUUGUGUUUGAAUAAUAAGUAAGCUCCAGUCUUGCAAAAGUCAGGGUGAAGGAGAUUUGAUUCGAAGGGAGGCCCUUGUCCCCCAGAUGGACAGUCUUUCCAACUGAUCACAGUUGGAGCCCGAGUAUGGGUUUGGAGAAAUGGCGGGGUGGCGAGGCGGGGUAGGAAGGCAUUUUAAAUUAUUCUCUGAUUUACUUAAAACUUAUAGGAGGGCUGUCCACGAUUGUCUUUAGCUUCCAUUCGACUGAAUUUCCAGUUCUGCUGACCACUUCAGUGAAGGAGCAGGUGCCUAUGCCAAGUGCUGCCCUUCCCAGACUUGAUUGACAAGAGUCUCUCCUAUCAUAACCCAGCCAUUUGUUUGUUUCUUUAUUUAGGUCUGUUUGUUUUUAUAUGUAUUUGAAAAUUAUAAUAGAGAGGUUUUUAGCACCCUUUGGAUGAAACAGACCAGCUAUACCCCAUAGAGCUGAGCUGAAUUCACAUUACUAAUACUUAUGAAAUAAUUUAUAACCAAGUAAAAUAGUAAUUCCUAUGGCAUGUGAUGUAGCUCCUCCAGAUACUCAGCGAUUAAAGUUACUAUUCUUACACAGUGCUGGAACCGUAGGAUAUAAUAUUUGCUACUAAAUAUUUAUUCUUUCACUAGAAAGCAUGCAAUCAUCAAAUUUAACAUGUAAACCAGGUUUAUUUUCCUGCAUGAAAAUGACAGGCAAAGAGAAAAUUCCCACUUAGGAUACCUUAAGCUGGCUAGCAGCAUUUGAAUCACAGAACGAUGGAUUUGGCAAACCCUUCUCACAAUCGAUGAAACCGAGGCCUAGGGCAUGUGACCUGCUCAAGGCCACCUGCCUACCUGAUCGGUGACAGUGAGACCCUGAACAACUCUCCUGACUUUCUGUUGUUCCUCUGUUUCCCAUUGUUUGUGCUUCGGAACAUUUGAGACCCCAUCCCGAAGCAGAUCGGUAUAGCUCAGGAUACAAAAGAGCAAAAAAUAGCUGUUUGCUAUGUGAUAGCCUGUUGUUCUUAAUUCGCAAUCCCAGAUCCCGGUCAUCGGUAAUUUCAAGAUAUUGUCAUCUGUUAACAGUAUUGCCUGGGGUUACAGAAUAAGAGGUGUCCUGACUUUUACCCGUUGAUUCCUUGAACCACUUAAUUUCUGUUUCCCGAAAUCUUAACAUUCUUAGAGAAGAAAGUAGUGUAUGCCUUUGUGAAAUGACUUGUGUGUAGAGCUGAGUUUUGUGUAACUGUGCCAGUCCCUUUCCGGAAGGGCAGAGCUAAUCCCACAAAUCGGGGAAGGAUACACCUGAGCCAGACUGGUUGUAUUCCUUAAAGAGGUUAGAGAUGUUUUCAGUGCAGAACGAACUCUUUUUGUGUCAUUCGACGUUCCGCGAAAGCAUGCUGUCUCAUUUCACCUUUGAAACUCCUGGCGAAGAUGCACAUAGACAAGAAACCUAGAGAACAGCAGUGUUUCUGAUGCUGUGAGCACUGGAAGACAUCAGUAGUGACUUGUUUUUUAGUAAGAGGGUCCGUGAAGGAUAUUCAGGGUAGUUGUAGAUUUGGUGCCAUAAUAUUUGAUAAUGGCUGGCAUUUUACAAGUUGCUUUGUAAAUGAAUUUAAAGAAAGAAAACUCAAAGCACUAAAGUUUUGAUCAGAUGUGAAAGAACUUUGACAAAAAGGCAAUUUUAAGAUAGCACUCUUUAAACUAGUUGUGCAAUGUCUUAUUCAAAUUAUGUUUAUUCAAGAAAAGAAGAAAGGAAAGUCAUUAGACUAUAAAUUCGCAGUUCAAAAGCCAAGUCACAAGACUAAUCAGUGACUCUAAACAACAAUUUACUGGAUGAAUUGUAUAUAUUAAAUUCCAACCACUUGUGAUUCUUAGUUAACAUUUUAUAAGCUUUGUAUAUGACAAGGGCUUCUAUUCUUAUUUAUCCAAAAUUAUUGUCUUUGUCCACUUCUCUCACUCAGCCUUUUGCAAAAUUAGGCCAGAGUACUGAAACUUGGAUAAAACAGGUCAGGUAUACAGAGAAAAUCAUCUAGAAGUUAUCUGUUAAGAGGGUUUUAGUAGUAUCCAAAAUUUUUUUUUCAAAAGGCACUAUGUGACCAUAAGUAUAUCUUAAAGAGGGAUAAAGAUUAAAUUAAAACCAAAUGGAUUCAUAAAAUUGCUACUUAAAUACAGUAUUUACUUUGACAAUUGGAGCAUGAUUCUCUAACCGGCUGUUGCGUUUCAUCUCACUUGUCUAGACUAGAGUCUAAUUUGUAGUUCGUUGUCAUGUGAAAAGCCAUCUUCUCCCUCCUCCAUCCACCUUCGCCAUCCGUUUUUUGAACAUGUGAAAGCACUUUGAUCUUGCCGUUAAGUGUUGUCCUCUUUUUGUCUCUUCUCCAUUUCUACACACGUUGAACUAGAAGUAGGGAAAUCUGAUUCCCCAAUUCUGUUGAAUAGAUGUAGGGAGAUAGUGGCCUAAUUUUUCAUUGUACCAGUCAGUGCCUGUCAAAGGCACCGGAAUGAACAGUAUCGAAAAGAGUGUCACAACUUUUUUUGCAAACUUAGUUGAUUGCGUCAUCAAACUGUCGAUUUAAUUACAAGAUCUGGGUUCUGAGCACCAAGUCACCGAUUGGUGCCAUGUUUUCAUUUUUCUUUUUUAGUUUUUAAGGUUUUCAUUUCACUACGUUUUUUGUAUCUAAGUAACUCAUGAACUUAAUUUUGAAGGAGAGUUAGAGAAAGUUGGAUUUUACUGCAUGUAUUCAACCCACCUAGAUAGGUUUGACACUGAUACUGAAGCAUGACAACAUAGAGAUUAUAGUCCAUAGUUAUUCUUUACAGCUCACAGUUUAAGAACAAACUUAACUUUAUAUACAAAUAAUAAUUUUUAACUAAUUAUAUUUAGUCGUUGCUUGAGCAACAAAACUACAACAUGGCUACCUUUAGACACAUUUUUUUGAUAAUAAUUUUACUUGUAAACUAUACAUGGUUUUUGACAGUAUGAGCCUGUAGAAGGUACAGCUCAAAACUCAGAGAACAGAUCUAGCGGAAUUUUCCUUGAAGCCCAAAUUGCCACGCAAACGCUGAAUGUGUGUCCUUGUAUGACUUUUGGAUCAAAAAGUUUACAACACAUGGAUUCUAGAGUCAGCUUUAUAGCUUAUAGAAUUUGUUGUGUGGAUAGGGUUAUUCCACAGUGUUUAGACUUCAAAACACAAUUAUUGCAUUUAUAAUCUAUUACCUGACCUUUUUUCAUGACGUUGUGUUUUCCAAAUUACCCCGUGCAGGAGGCGUAGCUGUCACGGCAAAAAUUCUCUUUUCUGGAAUUGUGUACUCACACAAAUAUAUCCAAGUGAGGAUUGAAGAAUGAUGAAAGCCUAUUUUGAAAUGAAUUCCGAUCUGUAAAACCACGCAUAAAGAUACUGUGGAAUGACCCCUUAACAGUGUUUGAGAGGCAUAUGCUGCAGCCAACUGAUGGUCUCAGUUAGGGUGCGACUGUGUGAGAAACACCUUUUUUGCACUUAUGUACAUAGUCCAUGAACACUAUGCUUGGAGUUUUUUGUUUUUUUAAUAUAAGAAAUCUGUGAUAAUAGUGGAAAAGUUAGUAAGAUAGAGGUAUUUCUAAGGCCUUGAGAAAGAGGGGGAUUUUGCUUAAGAAGAUGUAACUAAAGCCUGAUGUUGCUUUGCUGUUGCGGAAGCUUUCUGGUUUGCUACAGGUAGGUCACCAAAAGAAAAGACUGGUAACUGGUUACUCUCCAUUGUAAACACACACACACACACACACACACACACACACACACACACACACCAGGCAGGGUUCUGGCAAAGGUUUUCUUUUUUCAAUGGUUGCAAGCAGUAAAACACCCUGUAAGUUACAAGAUGGAGAGUUCCAUUCUGAUCAACAGAGAUUUCAUCUUUGAUAGAAAAUUCCAUAUUGAGAGGUAUCAGUUACAUCAAUUAAUACCCAUUUCAGUGACAAUCAAAUUGUUAACAUUCACCACUAUUUCCCCCUUUAAAAUCCAUAUCCUAAAACCAAAUCGGCAACCAUUGAAAGACUUAAUUUAACAAUUAAGUGUGGCCAGCUUGGGGCAUUUCGUUCCCUCUAACAACAACAACAAAAUACCCCUGGCACAGCUGUUCAGUGGAAGCUGUUUUCUGACUUCCCUUUACCAGAUUAGAAAGUGCUUCACUGUGCCGCCACAGCCUCCCACUGCUUGACCUAACAGAAGAGAACCAGUCCCAAUCUUACAUAUGGAGCUGGAAAAGAAUGUUUUAACCAGACCGUCCCUGACAAUUGGAGCUCCCCUAUCACAUACCAGUCACCAUUUCACUUUUUGUCGUCUCCAGGCAAUGAGGUUAAAUGGAUGACCAUUGGUACUUGCAGUCUUUCGCGUCUUGGGGUGUGUCACCCUCGCCUUGGAGAAGUUACCCACCCUGGGAUUAAGGGAGUUGGUAUUAGUAUCACUUACCCAUGUUGAUGGUCCUCAUUUACAGAGACAGGAAGAUACGCCAAAACCAGCAAGCAACCAAGCCUUAACGGUUGUCCAAUAGCUCAGGGCCAGUUGGUUGGCAAUUUCUCUUUUUCUCCCUUCAGCCCUUAAUCAUUUAGAGUCGGCUGUACAACUAACAGCCCGACCGUCUGACCAGCAUUUCCACUAGUAUAAAAUGUAAGCAUUCAUGCCUUCUGUAGUUAGGGACUCCCAACUCCAACCUCAUCGCCAACAUACUUUCCCAACUUACCCUGUAUUCUUGUGUUGACACUUCCUUGUGCAUCUGUACGCCACGAGAAUAUAUUGUCAUGAGGUCAAUAGACAUGUAAGAUUUUAAGUGAAGAAUCAUCUAUAAAACAGUAAGAAUGAACCUAGAAGCAUCACAAAAGAUAACCGAUUAAUUGAUGGCAUGUUGUGCACACUGACAGCCGUUGGGUCACGCUCUUUGGAGCUCAGACACAGUGGCUCUAUCUCAGUAAGUCAAACUAGAGAAUGAAGUAUAACAAAAUGUGAAUGACUCGAGGCCAAAAAGGGACCUUUGUUAUUAAAGCCGGGAAAGGGUUCAGUUUGACUAGUUCGUACAGUUUCCAGAGCCUCCACCUGGCCUGGAAAGAACCAUCCAUUACUACUCCAAAGCAGGAUUAUUCCAGGAAAUUUGAUCUUUAAAUAGAACCCAUCCUCAAUUAUACCGUACCCGAAAGGAAAAAAUAUAUCACUAUAAAAUAAGCCACAACUAUUUGAAAGUAUUGCAAAAAUUCUCACCUUCUACAUUGUACACCUUCUACAUUGUAUUACUUUAAUUAAAAAAAAAUACCUCUGUAACAAGACCUAAAAGUAACCCAACUUUAAGCCAUGCUCUUUUCUCCCGAACACACAACCUAAAGAUUUAUCUGUCAUAGAACUGCAUGGUUGCAAAGCUUUAUGUCUGUAUACAGAUGCUAUUUGUUCAUGAUGGAAACCAAAUUAUUCUGUUGCUGUGUCUUUUGUGUCUAGCAGUUGAGAGAAUGAUCUGGCCAUCAUACCCUUGGGUUCUGGGGUUGCCCUUUUCAAAAUAAAGUUCCUUUUAUUAUUACUGUUAGUGCUUGACUAUUUGCAAAUGAGCCAUUUGUUAUCACGGCCCCAAGUUACAAUCUUUUAAAUGUAAAGAUGUUCCUAAAUGUACUCUUUUUAAAAGAGCUUUCUGUAAUGUUUGUAUAACAACGUUCCAGUAUGAUGUAGAAAAUGGAAGCACACAUUUGGGGCAGAAGAAUGCCCAUUUUGAGAUACCCGUGGAGAAGAAAAUUAUUAGCCACAUGCAACAAUUAACAAUUUAAAUAAUGACCACAAUAGUUCAGAAAUGUAAACUGUUCACAUCAUAUUUUGCCUCCAAAAUGCAAUAGUUCAUUCCCUCAACUGCUAUCAAUAGGUUAGAUGCUUUGACUUCUUUUCUGUUCUCCCCCCCAAAUUAUAGUGCUCUACUGCUUGUUUGUGUUUAGAAGUGUGCAUUAUGCAGUCAUUUUAGUAUGCUACUUCUGCAUUGUUUACUUUUGGUUCUUUUAAUAAAAUGUGUAAAUGUC